AGUUGUUUAACUACAAUGAUUCACAAUAUUGCCAUUUGGAAUGUUGAUUUGAAUCGAUUUUUUUAUUGUUUCAGGGGGCCAUUUAGUAUAGUGCGAAGAUGCAUUCACAGGCAGACUGGACAGCAAUUUGCUGUAAAAAUCGUAGAUGUAGCAAAAUUUACCUCCAGCCCAGGCUUAAGCACAAACGAUUUGAAAAGGGAAGCAACGAUAUGCCACAUGCUCAAGCAUCCACACAUUGUAGAGCUAUUAGAAACAUAUUCGUCAGAGGGCAUGCUCUACAUGGUGUUCGAAUAUAUGGAUGGGUCUGACCUGUGCUUUGAAGUGGUCAUAAGGGCUUCCCAGGGGUUUGCUUAUAGUGAAGCGGUAGCCAGCCAUUAUAUGCGACAAAUCUUAGAAGCGCUUCGCUAUUGCCACGAGAACGACAUCAUCCAUAGGGAUAUCAAGCCUGAAAGUAUCCUGCUUGCUACCAAAGAAAACUCUGCACCAAUUAAAUUAGGCGGAUUUGGAAUUGCCGUGCAACUACCUGAUAAACACACCAACAAUGUUCCUGAAAACGGAUUGUGUGAGUACAGGACGAACCUGAGUCCCAUGGGCCGGAUGUAUCUAAAGGCUGACAAGGCCGGUAGGGUAGGCUGCCCUCACUUUAUGGCUCCUGAGGUCGUAGAAAAAAAGCAAUACGGCAAAGCAGUAGAUAUUUGGGCCGCUGGAGUUCUCCUUCACGUUCUUCUAUCUGGAACUUUGCCAUUUCAUGGCAGCGGUCGUAGAUUGAACGAGGCUAUAUGUAGGGGGAAAAUAUCGAUAAAUUCCUCGCCGCAAUGGGAAUUUAUUAGUGAUAGUGCUAAGGAUUUAAUACAUCAAAUGCUGACUGUCGAUCCGAACCAGCGAAUUACAAUACAAGAAGUACUAAACCAUAGGUGGCUCAGGGACCGUGACAAAGCUCUUAGACUUCACCUCAACGAUACAAUAGACGAGCUUAAGAAAUACAAUGGUAGAAGAAAAUUGAAAACCUGUAUUCUAAAUACUGUGAAUUCUAGUAAAUGGUAUAAUUUCGAUGAGGCUACUGACGAUUUUAUUCCUGAAUGUGGAAACGACGAAGUGACUUCAGCGGCUGUGUCUACUAUAACGGAUACUUUAGAUGAUAUUUACUGUCUUCAAGAAUCGCAAUUACAAGAGAGACCUCAUUUAUUAGCAUUAUUAGAAGAUACUCAUCUGCAUAAUGUACUUGAAAUUUUCGAUCAAGUCGUAACUCGGCUUCCAACCCCCAUCAAAGCGCCCUCUACCGAGGCUGUGCAGUGUUGUCAUCAUGUUUUGGAGAUUUUACGGGAUCUGGAGCAUAGGAGAGAUAUCGACCGACGCGAGAUUCAAGAGUUGAAUGAUCUCCUCAAUCGACCCAAUUUUAAGAUUAAAACAAUUCCGAGCACUACUCUAGACAUCGUUGUUUUAUGUGCGAAAAUCGUUUCUAAUUGCAAAAACAUAAGUAAAAUUAAGAAAACUUACUUUUUACCCUAAAAGCAUGAAAAACAUUAAUAUAUUACUC